AUGAGCCAGCUGCGAGCAACAAAGCCUGGACUUCUUGUGUGUACAGGCCUCUGCAUCUUCAUUUUUCUCUAUUUAAGGAAUCUAACUCCUAAGGAACCAGAGGAGGAGCCCACCUAUCCAGCAGUAGUAGAGUGUGGUUUUUAUCCAGAUGAAUUGUGUUCAGCUUUAUUUGAAGGGAAAAGGGCAGCCCCCCAAGUUGCAAAAUUUUGUAAAAACCCUUAUAGAGUUGAAAUACUUGCUCAUUUACACUCACCAGGAAAUUGCUCCAGGAUUUCCCAGGAGUUGCAUUUCAUAACCAGACCCUUGUCUGCAGAAGAGGGCAAUUUCUCUUUGGCGUACAUUAUAACUCUUCAUAAGGAGCUGGCUACGUUUGUGCAGCUUCUCAGAGCUAUUUAUGUACCUCAAAAUGUUUAUUGUAUUCACAUUGAUAAAAAGGCCCCGAGGAAGUAUAAGACUGCUGUGCAAACCCUGGUUAAUUGUUUUGAAAAUAUUUUUAUUUCAUCAAAGAGAGAGAAAGGGGCUUACACUGGCUUUCCCAGACUACAGGCAGAUAUUAAUUGUAUGAAAGAUCUAGUCCGUUCCAAAUUUCAGUGGAACUACGUCAUUAAUCUCGGUGGACAAGAUUUUCCAAUCAAAACCAACAAAGAAAUCAUACACUACAUCAGGAGCAAAUGGAAGGAUAAAAAUAUCACUCCUGGAGUACUCCAACCACCAAACACUAAAUCCAAGACAAGUCAGCCUGAACUCACCCCUGGAGGAAGUGUCUAUGUAUCUCCAAAUAAAAGAUUCAAAGACGAACCACCCUGUAACUUAACAAUUUAUUUUGGAAGUGCUUACUAUGUACUAACGAGGAAAUUUGUAGAGUUUGUACUGACUGACAGCCGUGCAAAAGACAUGCUUCGGUGGUCCAAAGACAUCCACAGCCCAGAGAGACACUACUGGGUGACUCUGAACCGACUGAAAGACGCCCCGGGUGCCACACCAAACACCGGCUGGAAAGGACAUGUUCGAGCCAUUAAAUGGAGAAACGGGGAGGGAAAUGUUCACGAUGGAUGUAAAGGCCGCUAUGUCCAGGACAGCUGUGUAUAUGGCCCAGGAGACUUGCCAUGGAUCAUUCAAUCGCCUUCUUUGUUUGCCAACACAUUUGACUCUGAGACAGGCCCUCUUGUGGUUAUGCGCUUGGAGAGGAGGCACAGACGUAAAGUCCUACGGCAGGCAGAGGUUCCUGUGGAGCCGCACUGGCACUUUCAACAGGAAAGCCACUUCAAUGCGGAGCCGAACUACUGA